GCACCAGACAACACACAACGUCCAGAUCGAUCGAUCGUAGCCCAUCCAUUUACACAUGAACUUUCAAGCAAUCCCCAAGGCGAACUUGGUAUGCCCGACGACUUCCAUCAAGCACAGCCGAUGGCUGUCGUCGCCCAACCUCAGCAUCUUGCCCCCGUCUUCUCUUCAUGACAACUAUCCCCUCCAACUCGACACCCCUGCCACAGAUGACGAUAACGACGACAACGACAGCGUGCUCUCGGAUCCUCCUACCACUGCCGACAACAUCCGCGCUCUGGUGCGCAUCAAACCGUCUUCGGUCGGGUCGACGGAGCGGACCUGCCUGUCCGUCGACGGCGCGUCGGUGUCGCUCACCCCGCCCAUUGCGUCCCGCGCAGUGUUUGACAAGAAGACAUUCUCCCUGGACGGCAUCCUGCUGGAAUCGACGUCGCAAGAAGAGGUGUUCCAAGCCGUGGCGGUGCCGUUGGUCGCCAAUGUGCUAGAAGGGUACAACGGCACGAUCUUUGCGUACGGCCAAACCGGGUCGGGGAAGACUUACACCAUGCAGGGGGACCUCGCUGGCGAGCAACACCGCGGGGUGAUUCCUCGGACGAUGGACCACUUGUUUCGACACUUGACCGACCAAAAGACUAUCUUUACGUGCACGUGUUCGUAUUUGGAGAUUUACAACGAGAAGAUCUUUGAUUUAUUGGACGAAAGCAUGACGUCCGAGGCAAAGUUGCUUCGGGAAGACGCCGUGUCUGGCAUUUUCGUGCAGGAUUUACUGGAUAUUCAAGUCCACACCCCCAGCGACGCGCUCGACCUGCUCACUCGGGGCACCAACAACCGGACGGUGGGCGCCACAGCCAUGAACCGCGAAAGCUCCCGGUCACACUCGGUGUUUAUGGUCAAACUCGUGCAAAAGCUCAAGGACGACAGUGGGUUGGACAUUGUGCGCAAGUCGACUUUGCAUUUGGUCGACCUGGCCGGAUCCGAAAAGCAAAGUGCCACUGGCGCCACGGGUACCCGCCUCAAAGAAGCCAGUCAAAUCAACAAGUCGCUGUCUGCCCUGAGCAAUGUCAUCACCGGACUCGUGGAUGUGUCCAAGGGCCUCAAGCGCCACAUUCACUACCGAGACUCAAAGCUCACGUUUCUCCUGCGCGAUGCCUUGGGCGGAAACUCCAAGACGACCGUCGUCGCCACCGUGUCGGCGCACGACAAGUGGUUCCACGAAACCAUGUCAACGCUCCAGUUUGUCCAGCGGGUCAAGUGCAUCAAGAAUAACGCGAAAAAGUACGAGGACGACAGCGCCGUGAUUGCCCGGCUGGAGAUGCAGGUGCGGGAGCUGCAGCGCCGGGUUGACGACAGCGCCGUUCCCCGGGUAGAAGACAUGCAGGCAAUGCAGCAAAAGGCCGACGAACUCUCGGCCAUGAAAGUUAAUAAUGAAAAGCUCGAGCUGGUCGUGACCCUCUUAAACGGCAAGGUCACGACGACGCAGGAAGAACUGCAUGCUACGCAACAAAAACUCAACGACGUCGAGCUGGCGCUGUCCCAGUCCAAGGCUGAGUGCGAGAGCUUAUUGGUGAAACAAACGUUGCUGGAAUGCAAACUGACUGGUCAAGGGCGCAACGACGACGUGAUCGCCCCCAUGGAAACGGUGGAAGGCACGACCGAAGCUCAGACGAUCAAGUCGCUCCAGGAUAUUGUCGCAGAGUUGCAUUCGCAGCUCAUUGCCGCCGAAAAUGCGCGCGGGUUGGCAGAAAAACGGCUCAAGGAUGCGACCAACCAGAAGAAGGAUUUCUCGCUCUUCAAGGGCAUCUUACGUCGGCGGAGUUCUGGUGGCGGUCGGAAGUGGUGGCAGCGGUGGAAGAAACCGCUCAGUGACGCCUCCAACCCGUAACUUGAAUAUUCACCCCGUUUACGUAAUAUAGAGUGUGACUCGCGACCGUUACAAUAUUGUCGGUUUCACGUAUGUGGC